UUAUCUUAUAUGUUAUAUUUUGAAUUUUUUAAAACGACUUUAAAUUACAAAAAAUGUUAAAAAUCCCUUUUAAAAUUUUGUGAUCAAUGGCUUAAUUUUUUUUGUUAUAACAAGAUACAAAUGAUCAUACAAUCAGAUUAAUAUGAAUUAUUAUUUAAUAUGUUAAUUUUGAAACUUUCAUUGAAAGAGUAUUGGGACCUUAAUAUUUUUAUUUUGAAAUUUUCGUCAAAAAACACCACAUCGAAUUUUUUUGAGAUUAAUGUUUUAUUUUUUUGACUUCAAAUAUACAAAUGUCAAUAAAACCAUAUGAGUAGGAAGUCUCAAUAAUAAAUAUUUAUAUUAAAAUAUAUUAUAUAUUUAUGUCAAUAUCUUUGAAAUAAAAUUAGAUACCAUAGAAAAUAAAUAAAAUGAUUAUUUUGAUUUAUUUAGCAUAAAUAUAUUGUAAAUAAACAAGAGAUAUUGUUUUGGCUUAUGUGAUUACUAUAAUCUCAUAUAUAUUAAUUGAGAAACAAUUUUACUUUAGCAAGUGUAAGAUUUAUUAAUUAAUAUUGUUUGAAAAUCUCAUAAGAGAUCGAUACAACUAAGACUUAUUUAGAAGUUAUUGAAAUCACCUAGUGAGAACAUGGAUUGUACAACAAAUUUGCUUUCCUAACCCUAACCCCCUUUAUAUUCGUCACAAUACCGAUAUAGAAAAUUUGGAAGUGUCAAUUGACAAUCUGAAAUGGUAAUGUUUUUUUAAGUUUAAUCCAUUGUUUUUCUGAAAUGGGUCUAGAACAGUUUUUAAUGAUAACUAAAUGAGCAGCGUACAUAGUAAAAUCUGUUUUGGUUUAAAAAAUUUUGCAUACCCAAAGUCAAUAUGAACCAUCAUCAUUAUCGUUUGAAAUUUUAUCACAAUAAAAAUAUAAGGUUGGCCAAAAAAUCUGAAUCCAAAAAACCAAACCAAGGCCGAUCCAAAGAAUAGUACUAAACUUUAACUAAAAUUGCUAGAUAUCCGAAUGGGUUCAAAAUUUUGGUAUAUAAAGAACCAAAACCAAACCCGAUCCAAACCGUAAUAUUUUAGGUAUUUGAAUAAAGCCUAACAAUAUUUAUAUGCUCAAAUAUAUUAAUUAUUUUUAAAUUUAUUAUCUAAAAGAAUAUACAAAAUAUAUAAGAUUUUUUUAAGUUGUCUAAAAUACUUGGAAAUAUAUACAAAUAAUGUAUAAGUACAUGUUUAAAAUAGCUAAACGAUACCUAUAAUACCUAAAAUAUUUAAAAUCUCUAUUGAAUUCCUAUCCAAAUAUUUAAGCUAAAUCAAUUUUUAUGUUAAGUUAAAGUAUUUUGGCAUACAUUAUUCAAAAUUAUAUGUUAUACAUUAUUUUUAUUUUUAGAUUUUGAAAAAUUUAAACUAUAUAUGAACUUUAAUUUUUGAAAAAAAAAUUAAAUAGUUUUCUGAACCUAAACCCGAACUAACCCCGCAAAGAUCCGAACCGAAUCAAACCCUCGAGGAUCCGAAUCGAACCAAAUGGUACUCGGAUGUUCACCUCUAAUCAAAUGUAGAAAAAGUUAUUGAUAACAAAAUAUAUUUUAUUUAUAAUAUUCAAGUAUAAUAUGUUUUUUUAAAUCCACCCGCGCGCAAAUUAUCAUCUAGUGUGAAUGUUACAAAGCAAUUUAAUUGCUUAGUGGCCAAUUGGCCUUAGAACCAAAAUUAAAUAACCUAAUCUAAUAGUUAAGAGCCCAUAAGUCUUGACGGACCUGGAAAAAAGCUCAAUCUCAGAGUAAAACUCCAGCUCUAGAAUCAGGAGGUGGAAGAGACAAAGUUUAUAUAGUGCACUGGUUUAAAGAUCCGCCAUGUGCGGAAUGAAUAUUUUAUAUACACAUUAUUUUUACAUUGUUAUUUAUUUAACGUUUUUACAUAUUAUUAAAAAAAUUAAUAAAUAUAUAUUGAAUAAUUAAAAGCUAGUAACUGUUACAUAUAUAAUUAAAUUGAUACAAAUACAUAAAUUAAAGAAAUCACUUUUGUAUCUUAUUUAAAAUCAUUUUGUGGUAGAAAAAUUAAAAAAAAAAUAUUUUCUCUAUUUUCUAUUGUUUGUAAUUAAAUUUAAAUAAUAUUAACAUAGAUAUAUAAUAUUUGUUUAAUAUGACAAUGUAUUAAAUGAAACUUCUUAAUCAUAUGAUUUUAUGAUCAUUCCUAUUUUUUAACAAAAAUUUUAAACCAUUAAUAACAAAAAUUUUAGUCUCGGACUUUUUAUAUUUUAAUGACUUAUAUUUUUUUAAAAAAUUCACGCAAAUUUGAAAUUAAAAUAUCAAAUUCUCAAUACUUGUUCAAUGCAAGUUUGUAAAUUUAAAUAUUUAUGUAAUUUAUAUGGUAUGUUAUUUAAUAUAUAUAUAUAUUAAUCUUCAUAUCUAGUAAAUGUGAUUUUUACUCAUAUGAUUUUAUGAACAUUUAUAUCUUAUUAUAACAAAAAAAACUUAAACCAUUGGUCACAAAAAUUUCAUUGUGAGACUUAACAGUUUUUGUAAUUUAUGGUCUUUUCAAAAAAUGAAAAUAUAACAUAUAUUAAAAAAAAUUAUUUUUAUUAUAUAGUUAAUAUAAUUGUUAAUUUAUUUUAAGAAUUUAAUAUUCAACAAAACUAAUAGAGGAUAUGUAAAUUGUUAUCAAAUAUUUCUUAUUAAAAUCAUUAAUUGUUAAAUAUAUAUUUUAUUCACUUUUGGUAAUUUCAUAUAUUUUAUUUAAAGAAAAAAUAAUAAUAAUUGUAAAUUGUUAAUUAAUUUUCUGAUUAGUUUAAUAAAAAAUAGAUAAUAUAUGUUUAGUGGACCAACAUAUAUUUCUGUGGACUUUAGGAAGCAUUGUAGUGAUGACACAUAUCAUAACUAAAAUAUAUUAAUGCUUCUCUUUUGAGGUACAUGGGAUGAUUACCAUUGAAUUCAAAUUUGGACGGUAUUUUAGUUAGUAACAAAGUUCACAAGACUAAUAUAUGUAGUCUUUCAUUCUUAGUUGUUGUUUUUAUGUCAUCUGUAAAUUAUAUUUAAAUAUAUGAACGGCAGUCACACACACAUAAACAUAACUAAUAUGCAAUGAACACAUUAUGUAUCAGAAUUCAGAACUUAAACUAUAAUAUUCGUUGUCUUUGUGAGAACCAAACUAAUAAUUUCAUUUUGGGUUAAGUCCACUUGGAAUCCGUUAAAAAGCCACGUGUAAGUAACAUAGUCUGGCCGUAAAAAGAGAUCAAUCACUGCCCGUCUGCCCGACAAAACAAUUUCAAAAUUUCAAAGUAGUAGUAACGAAUCAAACGGUCAUCUAAUAAAAUAACGUUAAGAUAACCGUAAAAGGACGGAGAAAAAAGGAUUCUUGCCUUAACCACAAAACAUCAUCUCCUUUUAUCUCCUCUUCCGAAUAUUUGGAUACUCUAUGCUAUCGAUGGAGGAUUGUUACGAUCCACUUCUAGCAACCGAUGCUUCUCCCCGACGCGAAAGCUUCUCUUGCUGUGAGGAAGCUACUACAGUAUCGAGCUCAGUGACUAUGACAAUGGCGGAUCUCGUUGAAAAUGGUGUAGAUGUUGAACAAUCAAGAUCAGGAUUGAUGGAAUCGGAUCAAUCUAGUGAUCCAAUAUCGGAAUCGGAGCAAUCUAGUGAUCACAUAGCGUUAAAUGUUGAACGAUCAAGCCCAGGAUUGAUGGAAUGGGAGCAAUCUAGUGAUCUCAUAGCAUUAGAUGGAAAGCUUGUGUUAGGGUUUCCUCUAGCAUCUCCAGAUCUAGUUAAUUGCGGCGGUUCACCUAGAUAUGGAGAUUCACCAGAUAUUUCUCAGAAACUCAGAUUCUCCACUGAGCUUUCUCUAGAGAAUGGAAUCCACCGCUGUAAAACUCCGUCUGUUAGGUUCUCAGCUAUUAACCAAACUUUUGGAUUUGAGUUGUCUCCUGGGUCUUCCUUUGAGUUACCUUCACCACCUGGAAACUAUAGGGAGAUUACAACACCUGUGAUGAGUAUUAACUCGGGUUCUACAACGAUGGAUGUGAGUGUGGAUGAUGUGACUUUCUUGAAGGAUGAGUUUUUCAGUGGAGGUGAAACUUUCACCACUGAUGCUGUUGUUGGCAAUGAAGAUGAGAUUCUCUUGUAUCAAACAGCUCGGCUUGGUAAUUUCGCUUACAAGUUUCAGUCGUUGGAUCCUGGGGAUUACUUCAUCGACCUGCAUUUUGCUGAAAUCGAGUUCACUAAAGGUCCUGCGGGAGUUAGAGUUUUCGAUAUAUUUAUUCAAGAAGCGAAGGUUAUAUCCGGUCUUGAUUUGUUUUCCCAUGUAGGAGCAAAUACACCUCUUGUGAUAGCUGAUAUAAGGAUGCUCGUUGGUCUGGAAGGAGAGCUAUCUAUACGGUUAGAAGGAGUCACAGGAACCGCAAUUCUAUCUGGCAUUUCUAUUAGGAAGGAGGCAACAACUACUUAUGUUGAAGACACUGGAAUGCUAGCAGUGAAAGGAAACACUGACACUGUUCUGUCUUUGCCACCUCAAGAAAAUGUAGACUGCAGAACGGAAAAAGAGACCCACGAGAUGAGUAAUGACUGCGAGCAGCAGAAGAAAGAGAUGGCAGAUAUGAAGAGAAUGGUUGACGAACUUAAACAAGAGAAUGAAAGAAAGAGUAGAGAAUGCGAAGAAGCAUUGAAUUCUCUCCGUGAGCUUCAAAAUGAGCUAAUGCGCAAGUCGAUGCAUGUUGGUUCUUUAGCCUUUGCUGUGGAGGGACAAGUAAAAGAAAAGAGCAGAUGGUUCUCUUCAUUAAGAGAUUUGACAAGAAAAUUGAAGAUUAUGAAAAUGGAGCAAAUUAAGCUGUUGGAGGAGGCAUCCACAUACAAAUUGCUAGUCCAAGACAUCAACGAGUUCAGUUCUCACAUCCAGUCCAGAGUAAUGCAGGACGCAGAAUUGCAUGAAAAUCUCAAAGCUGGAGAAAAAGAAAGGAAGGAAUUAUACAAUAAGAUACUGGAGCUAAAAGGAAACAUCAGAGUCUUUUGCAGGUGUCGGCCCCUAAACUUUGAAGAAAUUGAAGCAGGAGCAUCAAUGGGAAUUGAUGUUGAGUCGACCAAAAAUGGAGAGGUCAUAGUCAUGUCAAAUGGGUUGCCCAAAAAAAGCUUCAAGUUCGAUUCUGUUUUUGGUCCUAGCGCUUCCCAAGCUGAUGUCUUCGAAGAUACUGCUCCUUUUGCUACGUCAGUCAUUGAUGGAUACAAUGUUUGCAUAUUCGCCUAUGGCCAGACUGGUACCGGGAAAACCUUUACCAUGGAAGGAACUCCAGAGAACCGUGGUGUAAAUUAUAGAACACUAAAAAAUCUGUUUGAGAUUAUGAAAGAACGAGAAAACCGCUACAGUUAUGAGAUCUCGGUCAGUGUCUUGGAAGUUUACAACGAGCAAAUAAGAGAUUUGUUGGUCCCUGCUUCACAAAAUGUAUCUGCAGCGAAAAGAUUUGAGGUAAGGCAGGUGGGUGAAGGAAACCACCACGUACCAGGAUUGGUUGAAGCACGAGUGACAAGCAUAGAGGAGGUUUGGGAUGUGUUGAAAACAGGAAGUAAUGCAAGGGCUGUUGGGAAAACGACGGCUAAUGAGCACAGCAGCCGAUCUCACUGCAUUUACUGCGUGAUGGUAAAAGGGGAGAAUUUGUUGACUGGAGAAUGCACAAAAAGCAAACUAUGGUUAGUUGAUUUAGCAGGAAGCGAACGGGUUGCAAAGACAGAAGUGCAAGGAGAACGGUUCAAGGAGACUCAAAGCAUCAACAAAUCAUUAUCUGCUCUUGGUGAUGUCAUAUAUGCUCUUGCCAAUAAAAGCUCUCACAUUCCUUUCAGAAAUUCAAAGCUCACCCACUUACUUCAGGAUUCUCUAGGAGGAGAUUCGAAGACCCUCAUGUUUGUACAAAUCAGUCCUAACGAGAAAGACAACAGCGAAACGCUAUGCUCACUGAAUUUUGCUAGCAGAGUUAGAGGGAUAGAGCUGGGGCCUGCAAAGAAGCAGCUAGACAAUACUGAACUCUUGAAAUACAAGCAAAUGGUUGAGAAAUGGAAGCAAGAUAUGAAAGUAAAAGACGAACAGAUGAGGAAAAUGGAGGAAACGAUGUUCGGUUUAGAAGCGAAGGUCAAGGAACGAGACAUUAAGAACAAAACUCUUCAAGAAAAGGUUAAAGAACUUGAAUUGCAACUGCUAGUAGAGAGGAAGCUGGCUCGUCAACAUGUAGACACCAUGAUUACUGAGUAUCAGACGAAACAACAGCACGGGGAUGAAAACAUCCCAUCAAAGAGGCCACCACUUGCAACCAUACCGUUGGGAAGCAACAAGAGCUCAAAUGAAACCUCAACUUCGAAAGAAAUGGUGAAUCUAAACCGACCACCACUCUCAGAGAGCACCACCACCACCAGCAAUGAUCUACCGCCUUUACCUAACGGUAGCGUCAAGUACAACGACCUCAUGGAGAAGGAGAACAACAAUCCAGAAAUGGCUGAGCGGUUGCAAAUAUCCAAGAGUACAGGGAGAUUCUCCGUUUGUCCAAAGCGUAUUCUACCACCUCCAGCUCCAAGAAGGAGCACUCUUGCCCCUAUGCCAUACUUUCCAAUCACAUUAACUUCACCAUCAAGGCCUCAUGAAAAGAGCGGCACUAGCCAGGUGCUACGCAUCAGCCCCAAGAUGCGUAAAAGUAAUGGGAAGAUGCUGAGCAGCAUACUGAGACGGAGCAUGCAAAAGAGAAUGCAAAUGAAACCUUACCAGAGACAGCAGCCGUUGAGAAGAGUUGGCAUUAAUGUAGGAAUGGAGAAAGUUAGGUUGUCUAUAGGAAGCAGAGGAAGGUUAGCUCACAGAGUUUUGCUAACCAAUGCUCGCAAGGCAGGUCUAAAGGAAACACCACUGAAACAGAUACAGAAGGAGAAAGAGAGAUGGAUCUGACCUUAGGACAUAACUUCUCAUGUGUUGUUUGUGGAUUUGAUUUGAUCCUACUGUAUAGAUGUAUUUGAUUGGCCCUUGUGAGUUUAACAUUGGAAAUUAUUUUAUUGGGAGUCUAGUUGAUUUUCAUUAAGACAUAGACUCUAUUUUGUUAAACAUUUCAUAUAAGAAACAAAACUUCUCAGACACA